AUGAACGUUUCAAACAUAGUAAAUUACUUGAGUGGUUUAGUCAAUAAGAAUUUAAGUUUGAAUUCGUCAUCGCCACCAUCUCAAAAAGAAUGUCAGUUCGCAGAAAACCUAUAUGAAACGAUCAAAUCUGUCAAAAAUUCUACGACAUAUCGUUAUGAAGAAGAAACUACGCUGGACGUCCACGAUGACCCUUUUGAUUACAGCACCAGCAGUGACGAAGAAGAGGGUCAUCACGAUAAUCACUCUGAAUCGGAGGGAGAAGUCGAUGGAGAAGAAAGUAAAAGCGAGAAAGAAAAGCGUCAAACAAUUGAAGUGGCUACAAAUAUAUUUGGAAAAGCCAAAGCGAUGGCAAGAGCUCAGCGUGCUCUAACUGAUGCACAGAAAGAACACGUUGAUGCAGCGGAUUGUUAUUUGAAUGAAGUACGUCAGCAAACAACAAGUUACGACCCGUUGGGUUUCGAUGCUGACGGAUUUGAUAAAUCCGGUUUUAAUCGUGAUGGAUACAAUUCAGACGGAUUUCAUAGAACCGGAUAUAAUGCUGGAGGGUUUAAUACCUUAGGAUUUGAUAGACAAGGGUACGACAUAGAUGGAUUUAAUGCUGACGGUUAUAAUCAGAUUGGGCUGGACAAACAAGGUUAUAAUCAGGAUGGAUUUAAUUCAUUUGGUAUGGAUCGCUCUGGGUUUAAUGUAAUUGGACUUAACAAAGAUGGGUACAAUAGGGCUGGAUACAAUUUGAAGGGUUUCAAUGAUAUGGGAUAUGAUCGAGAUGGAUUUGAUGAACAUGAUUUCAAUAUAGAAGGUAUUCGUCGAUUCGAUACAGAUCAGCAAUUAGAAGACAUGGAAACUGACAGCGACAUUUCCAGAAUGGGUUGA